AUGUCGGGCCUCGAAGGCGGCAAAAGGAAGCCCCUAAAACAGCCCAAGAAGCAGGCCAAGGAAGAUAAGGCUCUCAAGCAGAAACAAAAAGAGGAGCAGAAGAAACUCAAGGAGCUGAAAGCCAAGGCUGUGGGGAAGGGACCACUGGCCACAGCUGGAAUUAAGAAAUAUGGGAAAACGUAA